CACAUCUUUAACCCUGAACACACCAUGACCACGCUCCCACCGCUCAGCCACAAAGAGCGCCGUGAGGUCUCCGAACUCCCGGACGACCCGCCGCACCCACCCCCGUCGCAUCCCCACAUCCUGCACAAUGUCAGUUCCACCUCCCUCCUCCCGCACGCCGUCUACCAGAGUCAGCGGGUGCGGGUCCGUCCCUUCUUUGUGCAGUGCAAAUCCUCCAAGGUGGAGAAACGACCGUCCCUGCUCAGUCGUCUGCACACGUGGAUGGUGUGCGGGAAGGAUCCCUUCGAUGUGGACUGGACCACGCCGGCCGGGAAUCUGCUGGCCACGGCGCUGUUCCUGGCCGAUUUAUUCUCGGAUUUUGCCGUGGCGUGGUACCAUUUUCAGGAGGGGAACUACGGUUAUGCCGGGAUUAGUUUUAUGAUUUUUAUCGUACCUAUUAUUCUGUCGAUCGGGUAUUACUCUGUUUAUAAGAAAUAUCCAUGGUAUUUUGCGCAUCCGUUCGAGCCGAUUUACUGGUUUAAGAAAUCAUAUUCGGAGUAUCGUAAGGUCGUCGAGCAGCGCAAUGAAGAUAUGGGUCGCGAGGACGCCUGGCUGCAUUUCCACACGGUGAAGAGCUUCCGUACAUCCAGUUGGGCACGUGUCUCCGCCGUGCGCCUGCAAGUCCACUUAGCGGCUCUGCCGCAAUUGCUCUUCCAGUGUUACACCGUCAACGAGCUACUGCACGAUCGGGAACUAAAGCGGAUAUCAUGGUUCAGUUGGAUUUCCAUCGGGCUAUCCGUGAUUUCACUGUCCAUGUACCACCAUACGCUGGCUCUGGCGCAGGAAAAAGUCAUCGAGAAAGACCACGACCAAGACAAUUUCACCAGGAAUUCACCAAAAACCUGGGAUCUCGCAGGCAUCCUGCUGGACCUGGUCGGCCAAGGCGUCUUCGACUGCGUAUACAUCGUGUGUCGCGCCGUGGCCAUCUCCUGCUUCUGCACCGUCCAUCCGCCCUGGCUGAACGGCCUGGUCUUCCUGACCCUCCACCUGGCGGCCUCCUCCCUCCUCAUCUACUUCGCCGGCCCCAAACUCCCCAACCAGUUCACCCCCGACUUCCGCCUGAUCCUGUACAACCGCACCAAUCACCCGGACAUCCUCACCGCCGCCGUGGCCAGUUUGGUCCUGCCGCCGUUGAUCAACAUCCAGGAGAAGGUUAAUAUUGAGCUGGAGCGCUCGGAACAUGCUAAAUCUUCGGCCCAGGAACCGGCCGGGCAUUGCGCCCGCAUCAGGAGAGCGAGGUUCGCGAAGCAUUGGUUGUCGGCGCAGGCGCGGACCUUCUGGGUGGCGGCCAUGUUAUUGAUGGUGGAAACGGAGGCGAUCUUGUUGUUCUGGGUGCGACUGAAUCCGGAUCAUGUGCCCGGGCACGCGCGGAUUGUGACCAUGGCCGUGAUUAGUGCCGCGAUGUUGGGGGUGCUGGUUGGGCAUGUCGUGUAUGUGACCUUUAUCUGUGUGCCGAUUAAGCAGCGCGAACGACUCGUAUGCAUCCGGAAUAAAGGCAUCGUAGCGAAAUGCUGGAUUCUGGAGCUGGCCGACGUCCACUACAACUACCUUCAAGAACAGGUCAUGCAGCGCCUGAUCAACACCGGUUUCACCGUCUUCACCCGCAAAACCAGCAACAUCGACUCUCCCAACCGCAGCCCCAUCUCCCCGCAUCCCGCUCUGUGGCGGGUGGGGUCCGUGGUAGACGAUGAAGCCUACCAAGCCCCGCCCGAUUACGAAGAGAACGCCCUGGUGUACGAUCGGGACUUCCCGGCACGCGAGAGCAACUGCACCCUGACCACGGAGGAUCUGACGUGGAUCACGGAGACCCUACGGGUUGUCACCGACCAGCGAGAGAAGGGAGAUGAACGCCGCGGGUCAAUGAGCGGAGGAAAGGGCGAACUUGGGUUAAAAUGGCAGCGGAGACACUUUUUCAAGACGAUUAUCCUGAUGGAGCGCCAGUUGACAAAGAAGAUCGCUCGGAUGGCGCAGCGGCAGCUGGAUGAAGUGGUGCGGUUCGGUGUGGUGUUGGAUACGGAGGAAAAGGUCCCGUUGACUCAGGAAUGCAAGCGUUUGAUAACGUUCUGGAUGGAAGUGACCUUUCGAGCCAUCACCCACCAACCGCUGCCGAACUGUCUGGAGGAUAUGCCGGCACACGAUACCGCCUUGCGCAUGCUAGAAUGGUACGGGAAUGCCACCCGGCGGGCGGAGCCGGAGGUGGUGACUUUUGUUAGUCCUGUGGAUGAUGAUCCGGGAUCGCGACGCACUAACGGCAUUCUCAACAAGCCGCCAAGUUUGCCCCAUUGAGGAUUAUUAAUGCUUUCUUUAUUACAUGGAUUUUCUUUAACAUUUUUGUGUACCGUGGCGAAAUAAUAUUACGGUACCGUUAUUUGACUUUGUUUUAGUGAAGUCCGAUUUAAGAAGAACAAAUCAUCUUCACACAUGUGCAGUAAACUAAUAAACCGUUACCAUUAACUCCGUUAUCUACAUAUUAGCCUGCAAGAGCCAGAACAUUAUGUUAAAACUGAUUUUUAUAUUUCAUUUUUCGGGUUAUU